GUACAAUUCAUUUUACACUAGGGCUUUACCUACUUAUUGGUACCUGGGAUGAGCACAGCAAAGAUGAGUAGCUUAGAGUACUUAGCCUACCCGGUAAUUGUUGCCAAUCACAGGCAGAGUACCACCUUGAAGAAAAAACUGGACAUUCAUGACUACCUGUCUCACAAGAGCAAACUCGAAGUUGCAAGACCUCGUAUUGAUAACAAACCCCCACGGGCGCAAACUCACCAUCACUUUAAAAUGACCAAGAUCCAGGAGGACCAGAAGAGAACUGGCAAAAUCGAAAGAGAAAACAAGCAGCUGGCCGGGAGGCUAGCGGCCAUUCAGCGUGGGACAGGGCUGGUGGACUGCUGGAAUGAAUACUUCCAAAGGAGCUCUAAUAGGGAGAAGCACAACAGGGAGAUGGUGAGGAUCACAGUUGAAAACCAGGGGAUUUUGAAGCGACUUGGCGACCGUAAAUCGAUGUAUGACCAUAGGAAGUCAGAGCUUGAUUGGAAGAAUUCACGGCACUACAUCCGGAAUACUACCCGGUACCUCAUUGCUUCUCGGGACAGCUAGGAGAACACACCAUGCAUGGAGAAUACAGUAGAGACUAGCACAUCUUGCAAGUCCGAUGGCCUGUUAAGGAUACAUGUUGCAACUGACUGAGGUGUUCUUAGGAUUGUAAAAUAAAAUGCAACAGUGAACAAAUGCAGCUUUUCUUAUAAAAGUGCAACCCCCCAUCCCUCCAAACCGCAAAAUCUUCACCACAAGCAAGUCUACUUUCGCCAUCAUUUAUUUUGAACUUACAAACAAAACUGCACCUGAAAAACUCACGUCACAGUUUCCCUGAACUUAAUAAAAAGAGGGUUGUGUCUAACUCCAGGUUUGUUGCCUGCACAGGAAAGAAAUGGAGGCAAAGUUUAUUUAUUACAUGAACCAGACUGUACAGGACACAGAGCUCAGUGCUUGAAACCAAUGUAGACCGGGAGGCGUUUUCAAUUAUUGUAAUUUGAAAUAUUUUACAAAAUCGGCACAGUUCCAUUCGUCUGGGUUCUUUUAACAGCUGUUUCCUCUGUUGGGUUCUACUCGGAUCUGGGGGCGGGGUGAAGAGGGGUGCUAGCUAGACGGAGUCAGUCCUAAACUCCCAUUGCAAACUCUGGGAUGCAGGGGGCAAGGCAGAGGGGGGAAAAACUCACAGACAAAGCUGCUGGACACACGGAACUCCCAGUUCUGGAAUGGAGCAGUCACUGUUUCUACCUGGCAACCCACCUGUGGCUUUCAGAGAGGGAUCCCAUCUGGCAUCCAGAGCUACUUGGUGGCAGACCACCAGCCUGAGAAAUUAUCUUCCUCAAAGAGGGUAGAAGGCAGAGUCUUCCUCAACACCUAGAAUCAGGACUUCCCUGGAAACUUUUGCCAGUAUAAUGUCAGUUAGAACGGUCACGUUUUGCAACAGGUCCGUAUUGCCGAGAACCUAGUGCAAAUGCAAUUCUACUCGGAUCUGGGGGCGGGGUGAAGAGGGGUGCUGGCUAGACGGAGUCAGUCCUAAACUCCCAUUGCAAUGUGGCCACAAGGCAAGCCCUCACCUUGUCCAAUGAUGGUCAUAAAGCACAUGCUCCCUGCUCGGUCAGAAUGAAGCAGGGUGCAAAACUCUGGAACAGCUGAUCUGAGGCAAACAUCGUGGAGCGGUUAAAAACCUGAACGUUCUGACUGAUGAAACUGGAAUGUGUCGCGUAUCCCAAUGAUUUCAUUAAAAAAAAAAAACGGGGAUGCAGGGUCUCUCUGGAUGUAUUGGAGAGAAUCUAGCAGAGGGCAAGAAAAAUGACGAGGGGGCUGGACCACUUGACUUAGGGGGAGAGGCUGAGGGAUUUGGCCUUAUUUAGUCUACAGAAGAGAAGAGUGAGGGAGGGAUUUGAUAGCAGCCUUUGGAACCCCCCCAUCAGGUAGUUAAAGAUGAUGGAGAGAGGCUGUUCUCAUUAGAGACAGAUGGUAGAACAAGGAGCAGUGGUCUGAAAUUGCAGUGCGGGAGCUCUAGGUUGGAUCCUAGGUAAAACUAUUUCCUUAGAGGGGGAAGCACUGGGAUGGGUUCCCUAGGGAGGGGGUGGAAUCUCCAUCCCUAGAGGUUUUUAACUCACAGCUUGACAGAGCCCUGGCUGGGAUGAUUGAGUUGGGGUUGGUCCUGCUUUGGACAGGGGGUUGGACUCAAUGACCUCAUGAGGUCUCUUCCAACCCUAGGAUUCUAUGAUUUACAUAGUGGCAACCUCACAGGAAGAGAGCAUGGCCCAAUAUUUGACCCUGCGUGAAUAAUUUGAUCGAAAACUGUUUUGAAGUUCGACAAGAGAAACAUUUUCCUUAUUGCUUUUUUUGGGGGGAGGGGAGAAUAAAAGAGGAUGGCUCAUUGUGUGGGCUGUGCUGAUCCAGCCCUGAGUACACAAUGAGCUUUCCUGAAAGGAAUGAGAUGACUCCUGUAUAAAAGGACUCAGGAUGGGGAAAGAGCAGGGAGCAAGACAAUUCUUGCAGAGCCUUGAGUGCAGAACUAACAAAAGGAAGUUUUUCUUCACGCAGCACACAGCCAACCUGUGGAACUCCUUGUCAGAGGAGGCUGUGAAGUCUAAGACUUUAACUGGGUUCAUAAAAGAGCUAGA